UUCCUGCUCCCUCUCUGUCCUGCUCCAUCUGGAGUCGGGAGACCUCCUUAGGACGCAGUUGGGGAAUCAUGGCAGAAGUGCAUACUAGGCCAAGGAACAAGGUGCAAAGGCACAGAGAAUGAGAAAUGUGGAGUGACUACAACACAGGAUGGAUGAACUGGUGGUAACGCUGGGGAUAAAUACGAAAGAGGAACUUUUUCACGGGGCGGGGGCGGAGAGCUGUCGAGCGCUGGAGUGGAUCCGGAGAAUCUUUUCCAGAGAUCUUGAACUAAACCGAGCCGUUAGCUUGUGCUGCUACGGUACCUAACCCUUGCCUGGGGAGGGAGUGCUUUUCUGAUGUUGUUCCCUGCUGCUGCUCUCCUUAUCUUGCUGGGUUUUCCUGGAUGGCAGCCGCUUACUUCAAUUUGUAGUAGAUGGGAGCACUGAUGAACAGUCCACGGUGGAGAGGAAACGAAAGUGAAAUUGACCCGGAGCCAUCUUGCUGCUGUGCGCGCAGGCGGCGGGGGUUAGCGUCCCGAACCGGUGCGGGCGGUGGGGCAGAAGUGCGCGGGGACGCCUGGGGGCCCAUGGACCCGCAGAAGGUGCAGGGGUGCUCCCUCACCAGAGACCGUGGCCAUCCUCCUUGGGGCUAUGAGCAGAGCCAGCCCAGGCAGCAACAGCUUGGGCCAGGACCUUACCUUAAUAGUUUCCGGCUCCGGCAAAUAGAGUUUCUCAAGGGGCGGCUCCCAGAAGUGCCCCUGACUGGAAAACAGACACCAUCACUGCCACCAUUCCUCCCAGGACUCUGGCCAAGGUUUCCGCCACCAGCCCAAGGCAGGCAACUAGAAAUCUGGGGUGUCCCCAGAGUUGCACCUCUCAGAUUUCAGGGGCACCACAUAAGGCCCCAGCUUCCUUUACCAUGCAGCAAGGUUCUGCCAUGGAGCGGUGUUGACAGGCUCUCCUCACACUUCCAGGAACUGAGCAUCAGCCAGGAUCAGGAGCAGAGGAUCUUAAAACUCUUGGAGGAGCUUGGGGAAGGAAAGGGCGCCACAGUGCAUGAGCUGGCCAGGCAGCUCAGGGCCAAGAAGAAGGAAGUCAAUCGAGUUUUAUACUCUCUGGAAAAGAAAGACAAACUGCAUAAGGAGGCAGGAAAACCCCCUUUGUGGAGCAUUAAAACCUCAGUUCAGGACUGGGACCGCCCCAGCAGUGGAGCAAAUCCAAACAAUCAUAGUCAGGACGCUGCAGGUUCAGAGCCUAGUUUGGAGACUGAAGAGGGAGACCCCACAUCUAACUUAGAAGAUCCUCCUGAGCCGUUUGACAUGGCUGAGAUCAAGGAGAAAAUCUGUGACUACCUGUUCAAUGUGUCUGACUCUUCUGCCCUGAAUCUGGCUAAAAACAUUGGCCUCACCAAGGCCCGGGAUGUGAAUUCAGUGCUGAUUGACUUGGAAAGGCAGGGCGAUGUCUACAGGCAAGGGGCGAUCACUCCCAUAUGGUAUUUGACUGACAAGAAGCGUGAGAGGAUGCAAAUCAAGAGAAAUAUACUCAGUGCUCCUACAGCCACUCCAGCUGCUGUGUCUGAGACCCAAAGAAACACAGCGCUCCCCACUUGUCGCUUACCCCUGCCAGGUGCCUCAAACAAAAUGAUAACCACAGAAAAAGUAGAGAAUGGGCAGGAGUCUGUCAUAAAGUUAGAAAGUAGGCAAGAGGCUAGACCAGGACCAAUGAGACUGAAACCACCUGUUUAUCACAAUGGCCCAUUUAGAGCAGGGUAUGUUGACUUUGAAAAUGGCCAAUGGGCCACAGAUGACAUCCCAGAUGACUUGAAUAGUAUCCGCACAGCACCAGGUGAGUUUCGAGCCAUCAUGGAGAUGCCCUCCUUCUACAGCAGUGGCUUGCCACGGUGUUCACCCUACAAGAAACUGACAGAGUGCCAGCUGAAGAACCCCAUCAGUGGGCUGUUAGAAUAUGCUCAGUUCGCUAGUCAGACCUGUGAGUUCAACCUGAUAGAGCAGAGUGGACCGCCCCAUGAACCUCGAUUUAAAUUCCAGGUUGUCAUCAGUGGCCGAGAGUUUCCCCCAGCCGAAGCUGGCAGCAAGAAAGUGGCCAAGCAGGAUGCAGCUAUGAAAGCCAUGACAAUUCUGCUUCGGGAAGCCAAAGCCAAGGACAGUGGAAAACCAGAAGAAAUAGCUUACUGUUCCAUGGAGAAAGAGUCAGAGGAGACAACAGAGCCCCAGGCUCCCACCCCUUCAGCAACAUCUUUAUUCUCUGGGAAGAGCCCCGUCACAACGUUGCUGGAGUGUAUGCAUAAACUGGGGAACUCCUGUGAAUUCCGUCUCCUGUCCAAAGAAGGCCCUGCCCAUGACCCCAAGUUCCAGUACUGUGUUGCAGUGGGAGCCCAAACGUUCCCCACUGUGAGUGCCCCCAGUAAGAAAGUGGCAAAGCAGAUGGCUGCAGAGGAAGCCAUGAAGGCCCUGCAUGAGGAGGCAACCAGCUUGACUGAAAAUCAGUCUGGAGGUACGGAAUCACUUGAUAACUUGGAGUCUGUGAUGCCCAACAAGAUCAGGAGGAUUGGUGAGCUCGUCAGAUACCUGAACACCAACCCCGUGGGUGGCCUGUUAGAGUACGCCCGCUCCCAUGGCUUUGCUGCUGAGUUCAAGUUGGUCGACCAGUCUGGACCUCCUCACGAGCCCAAGUUCGUUUACCAAGCAAAAGUCGGGGGCCGCUGGUUUCCAGCCGUCUGUGCGCACAGCAAGAAGCAAGGCAAGCAGGAAGCAGCAGAUGCGGCUCUCCGUGUCUUGAUUGGGGAGAACGAGAAGGCAGAACACAUGGGUUUCACAGAGGUAACCCCAGUGACAGGGGCCAGUCUCAGAAGAACUAUGCUCCUCCUCUCCAGGUCCCCAGAUGCACAUCCAAAGACACUUCCUCUCACCGGCAGUACCUUCCACGACCAAAUAGCUAUGCUGAGCCACCGGUGCUUCAAUGCUCUCACCAACAGUUUCCAGCCCUCCUUGCUGGGCCGCAAGAUUCUGGCUGCCAUCAUCAUGAAGAAAGACUCUGAGGACAUGGGUGUCGUAGUCAGCUUGGGGACAGGGAAUCGCUGUGUGAAAGGAGAUUCUCUCAGCCUAAAGGGAGAAACGGUUAACGACUGCCAUGCAGAAAUCAUCUCCCGGAGAGGCUUCAUCAGGUUUCUCUACAGUGAGUUAAUGAAAUAUAACCAGCGUACUGCUAGGGAUAGCAUAUUUGAGCUUGCGCGGGGAGGAGAGAAGCUCCAGAUCAAAAAGACUGUUUCGUUUCAUCUCUACAUCAGCACCGCUCCAUGUGGAGAUGGUGCCCUCUUUGACAAGUCCUGCAGCGACCGUGCCGUGGAAAGCACAGAUUCCCGCCACUACCCUGUCUUUGAGAAUCCCAAACAAGGCAAGCUCCGCACCAAGGUGGAGAAUGGGGAAGGCACAAUCCCCGUGGAGUCCAGCGACAUUGUGCCUACAUGGGAUGGCAUUCGGCUUGGGGAGAGGCUCCGUACCAUGUCCUGUAGUGACAAAAUCCUACGCUGGAAUGUGCUGGGCCUUCAAGGGGCACUCUUGACCCACUUCCUACAUCCUGUGUAUCUCAAAUCUGUCACACUGGGUUACCUUUUCAGCCAAGGACAUUUGACCCGUGCUAUUUGCUGUCGUAUGACAAGAGAUGGAAAUGCAUUUGAAGAUGGACUUCGAUAUCCCUUUAUUGUCAACCAUCCCAAGGUUGGCAGAGUCAGUGUAUAUGAUUCCAAAAGGCAAUCCGGGAAGACGAAGGAGACAAGUGUCAACUGGUGUUUGGCUGAUGGCUGCGACCUAGAGAUUCUGGAUGGUACCAGAGGCACCGUGGAUGGACCACGGAAUGAAUUGUCCCGAGUAUCCAAAAAGAACAUUUUUCUUCAAUUUAAGAAGCUCUGCUCCUUCCGUUACCGCAGGGAUUUAUUGAAACUCUCCUAUGGUGAGGCCAAGAAAGCUGCCCGUGACUAUGAAAUAACCAAGAACUACUUCAAAAAGAGCCUGAGGGACAUGGGCUAUGGGAACUGGAUAAGCAAACCCCAGGAGGAAAAGAACUUUUAUCUCUGCCCAGUACCCAACGACUGAUGACAUGGGGCGUUUCCCACAGGGUGAGAGAGAGGUCGUAGCAUUCCUCAUCACAUUGGUCAAAGGUUUUGGGGGGCUUUUUUACCCCCUUUUUUUUUUAAUGGGACCAGUAAUUGCUGGUAUUAAGAUCUUUGGGUUCCCAUUUGUCCUUAUCCUGCUUUCUUUGGGAUUUCUAGGCAGGGCCUGGCCGGGCCCCUUUCUCUUUUCCCACAUGGAGAGACAGAGACCUCAAGGAAAAGAAAAGGGUUUCCGCUCAAAGCCUAAGCAGUCACCCAGCACCUACAGCCAUUUCCUCUUAUGGCUCAUUCGGGUUUUUUUGAGUUUUUUUGAGUUGUUUUUUUGUUUUGUUUUCCACUGAAGUUUGCUACACUGACCUCUUGUGGACUUGGUUAGGUUCCAGUCAAUUCUCUGUGAAUCAUGUCAGGGACUAAUAAUUUCAUUUAUGGAUUCUGCAAGCCCUCUCAACUUCCCUUCUCCCUGCUGGGACUCCUUGCUGUGAUCAUUAACUUUCUUCUCCAGGAUAGUGAAGAGGUGAACUUAAAGAAUCCAGUGAACCAUUUGCAAAGCCAGGGGUUGAAAGCUGCAGUCAAUUUCCAGUGCCAGUGGAAGAUGAUGGUGUGCACAUCCUGCCAGUGAUGGUGUCUUGCACUUAGCCAACUUGAGGGGAGCUGCUAUGUGGCAGUGCCUCCCUUCCCCAGGCAGCAGGGGAGUUGAAAGCCAGCCAGGCUGGGCUGGGAAGCUGCCCAAGCAGUAGCCGAGGUCCCCCCUGUGGGGCACAGACAGUUCUUGGAAAAUAGCCAUGUUCUGAGCUGCCCUUCCAUCGAAAGCCUUCCUAGUAAUUGGCCCCACCCAUGCAGGGCACAGGGCCAGAGACCCUGACAGACAAUGGGGAGCAAAUCAUCUCUGCUCAGAUAGUUGGGACUUAGCAAGAAUAAAGGCAGAAAUCAUGUUAGGUCAGAGCACUAUUGAAUAAGGCAUAAUAUUUCUCAGUGUAUUGAUGCCAAGGCAAGCCUUGUGUAAAUUAGGAGUUUUUAAAAGAAUGCCAGGGAUGGUGAUUCUUAAUCGCAACUGCACAGAUUUAAAAUUCAGACGCACUUUUCCAUUCAUGCAAGUGCUUUCAUUUUGCCAGAUGGCUUUGGAAGUUGGUUUGUGGGCAGGGCACAGGCCUGAGGUCUUCCUGACCAUUGGGGAGUCUUGCUGGGGUUGACAUACAAGAUGGUGGUUGUAGGUGAAAGGGCAUGAGGUCCUCACACACCCUGGGGUGGACUUCUUUGGUUAUACCUCCACCUAAUGCUGACUCAUGCUGUCAGAGCCUUUGGCCUCUGUGGAGUCUGGCUCUGAAGCUAAGUCAGCCACGCAUGCUCAAGAGGACUGAACCUGCCUCUUUCCUUUGGAUGGUAUGUCGUCGUCUUGGAAUGGCGGUGCCAGGGCCCCCAGAUGAUUUUCCACGCUUCCCUUAUCCCUCGACCUGUUGACUAGUUCACCCUCCCUCUGUAGCAAACUUCUUCAACAGUAGACAUAUCCACAUUUGCACUUUUAUUCUAGCUACUAUACCCUCUGGGCCUGUGACCAAAAAAAUUGGCCAAAACAAGAACCCAGGUUUUUAAAAUAUGCUAAGGAUAUCUUUGUGGAACACAAAGCAUCCCAAGGAACUGGUAGAGAAAUGGUGCCAGUCUUCUUCAGUGGAGAGGGCCCUUUCCCUGGCUGUGUGAAUACUGCCAUGCUUGGAUUGGUAGCUGAAGGCAUAUUAAAUCAGUCCUGGCACCUGCCUCUGGGGCAGAGCAACCUUGGGGUUCUGAGCUGUGGGGAGGAAGCACAUCCCCUGGGUUCUUCAGGCUGGAGGGCUAUCACCUACUGAUACCUCAGGAUGUUUGGGUCUUGGGAGUUUGAAUCUGGAGAAGUUGUCUCCUUAGCCAGGAGCACAGGGGCUCUGAGAAGAUCAGAGCCCUCACUUGCCCCCAAGAUCUUACCGAGCAAAAGGCAACAUUCCAUUUCUGCUGUAGGAGGAGAGUGAGGCGUCCCUGCGCCCCACAUGCCUGCUGGAAAUGAGCUGUGUCUGGCCCUCCUGCCUCCCCUCCCACCGCGUCCCCAUGCCCCUCUGAGUCACGCAGGACGGGGGGGCAGAGCUUCUUCCCAGUGUUCUCUUCACUUUUUGGUCCACCCAGUCUUUGUUUUUAAUAAGCAAAGCUCCUCCCCGUUUGUUUUUAAUGAUUUUUGUAGUUGAUUUGUCUGAACUGUGGCUACUGUGCAUUAUUUGAAUAAUCACUUGUAAAAAUUGUCAAUGCUUGAAGCUGUUUCCUUUGCUCAAGCUGAAAGGACAUUGUUGGCUUUGGGGUCCUGGCAGUGACUCCAAGAACAGAGUGGAGAAGAGCCCAAGCAUAGCCUUGGUGCUGUGAUGGCUGCAGUCCAAUUUUGUUAUUCUGCUUUUUGUCCCUAAUAAAUAAUAAUAUACAUUCCUAAUAAAUAAAAAACAGUGAAAAAGCAGAACUGUUAGAAAGCUUCAAGUCUUGGUUUCUUGGGGAGUUGAAGGGACCCAUGGUCUUGGGAUUUCUCAUACAUAACAGUACCAGCUGCACCUGAUGUUGAACCUGAGAAAGGGGU